AUGUCUAGAUUACUCUAGAUCUAGAUAUCUAGAUCUAUAUAUUUUUUUUAUCUUAUCUAAAGUUUCUAGUCUUAAUCUAGAUUAGUAAUCUAAUAAUCUACUAGACUUCAGAAGUUCAGUUCUAAGGUCUUUACGUCUUUAGUUUUAGUAAGAGUAAAAGUAAAAGAGAUAAGAGUAAGAGUAAAUUAAGACUUAUUAAGGACCGUCUUUAGAAGACUCUAAGAAUAAGAUACAAAUACUAUUUUAGAUAGGUCUAAGUCAGCCUAAGAUUAUAAAAUCUAGUUUAGAUUAUUAUUCAAUAGUAGAUCUACUAAAAUCUACUUGAUCUAGUACAACUUAAGACUUUAUACUUUAGAACUUUAGUGUCUUUAGUUUAGACAUUAGUACUUUAGUCAAGUAUACAAGACUUACAAGUUAACAAGCUUUUUAUUACAAGUCUAUAAUUUACAAUUUUUGUAAGUAAAUUAAUUCUAGACUAGAUCUAGAUCUGGAAAACAAUAAAAUGGCAUCAUCAUUGGAGCAUUAUGUGAAUAUGGUUCAAACAAUGUCGUCAACAGGUAAUUUUACACAGCUGUGUGAUUUCAUCAACAAAAGUAGUGAUACGCUGGCCAAAAAUGCUUCCCAUCUUGACAAUGUCUAUGCUACUUUAGAUAUUCAACAAGCUUCACUUGGGGUCUUAGGAAUAUUAUGUGUAAAAUUCAGCUUAUCCAACAUGCCUGACCUGGAAACUACUCUCAUACAGACUACUGAGUUCUUGGCUAAAUGUAAUGGGGAACAUGUGCGCUAUGCCACAGACAACUAUGCAGAACUUUGUCACAAGUUUGCCCAAGCUAUUAUUGAUAGAAAGAUGUAUGCUAGAGGAAUAGCACCUUUAGUUCAAGCAAUUCAGAAAAUUCAAAUUCAUCCUGCUCAGUUGACUUCCAUUCAUUCAAGCUUGUGUCAGUUAUGUUUGCUGUCCAAAAACUUGAAACCUGCUUUGGUGUUUUUAGAUAUAGAUAUCACAGAUAUCAGCAGAGAGGGUGGUCGAUUUGAUGCUAAAGACUAUUUGUUGUACUAUUACUAUGGUGGAAUGAUUUAUUUAGCUUUAAAGAACUAUGAAAGAGCAUUAUACUGUUUUGAAAUAGUAAUAACUACUCCAAGUGUUGCUGUCAGUCACAUCAUGAUGGAGGCUUAUAAAAAGUUUACUCUGGUUUCUUUAAUUUUACAUGGCAAGAUCAUAUCUCUGCCAAAAUACACACCACAAGUACUUCAGAGAUAUAUAAAGCCAUUGUGUCAAGCUUAUAUGGAUCUUGCAGCUGUGUAUCUCCAAAAUAAUCUAGCAGAUCUCAGAAUGACUGUUACCAAGCAUACAGACAUAUUCAAUCGUGAUAACAAUAUGGGCCUUGUCAAACAAUGUAUGACAUCUUUGAUCAAGAAGAAUAUCCAGAGGCUAACAAAGACAUUCUUAACAUUAUCUUUGGCUGAUAUGGCCAAUCGAGUCCAGCUUGUUAGUCCUAAAGAAGCAGAGAAAUAUGUCUUGCAUAUGAUUGAAGAUAGAGAAAUUUUUGCAACAAUAAACCAAAAAGAUGGAAUGGUGAGGUUCCAUGACAACCCAGAAAACUUUAACAGUCCCAACAUGCUGUUAGAACUGGAUAAAGAGAUGCAGCGUUGCAUUCAGUUAGAUGAGAAGCUGAGAGAUAUGGACAGAGACAUUGCCAUCAAUCCUCAAUAUGUUCAGAAAAGCUCUGGUAGUCAUGAUGAUGACCUUCCUGGAACCUCUGGCAAGAUUCAAGCUUAUUGAUUCCUAUAUUGUUUUAAGAUUUCUUUCCACUGGCCACAGAAACAUUAAGACUGUUUGUCUGUUAUCCGAAUUAGAUAUUUUUGUUUUUGAAAAUAUAUCAGUGGAUAUUGUCUUGGUCAGAAUGUGCAAAAUAAUUUUUGGUUACAACCAAUACAUUUGAAGUUGGUUUUUUUUUUUAACGUUUUUUUUCAAUGUUGAGUAGUACUCUAGGUUCUGAUAUUUUUCAAAGUUUAUUUUACUGCCCAAUAUAUAUGUUCCUUUCUUAAAUAAAUAUAACUCAUUUUACA